AUGGGGAGACCAAGGGUGGCUUCCAGGAAGAGGAAGGCGGAGUCUUCCGCUUCCAAGGAGGAGGAGAGCAGCAGCAGUAGGUCGCCGGAUGAGGUUCCUAAGGACUCCACUAAGGCCUCCACCAGGGGCAAGCGGGUGAAGGCUCCGGCACGUAAGGAGCCGGAGGAGCCGGAAUAUUUGCCCGACAGGAGAAAUCUGGUAUUGACCCAUUUCAUUUCUAAGGGAGACUUUAAUUCGCUUUUAGGUUUUGAUCAUCAUAGUAUCGGCGCGCAUUCAAGUCCGUUCUGGGUAAUUUUCCCUAUUAUCUGGUAAAUGUCUCUGGUGCUUAAGAAUUUAUGGCGAUUCAUAUCAAAAUGUCAUGGUGUUGGCAGCACUUCAGCUAUAUUUAUCGUUUGAAACGUAUCGCAUGCGAUAUUUAAUUAAAUUUUACGACUCCAGCAUAGUGGUUGAUAUCAUGAAAGUCCUUACGUAGUAAUGCUUUCUCUUGAAAAGUUUUCUACUUGCCACUCGAAUGGUUUUUCUCAAAUGAUUUGUUUGCUAGCUGCUGUUAUUACCUUCCUUCAACUGCGCUUUUCUAAUGUUGAUUUCCUCUCUGUAGGAGGAUCUGUGGCAAGCUGCCUUUCCAGUUGGCACUGAGGUUUCUAUGACUCCUUCUAUUCUUCAUUAUUUGUGAAGUUGGCAGUGUAUCCCGUAGCUUUAAGUUCAUAUGAUGCUAUCCUUCCUGGCCCUCGCUUUGGUGAAUUGUUGCGACAUGCGGUUUGAUUUAUAUUUUUCGUUUCAAAUGGCAGUGGCACAAUCUAGACGCGCUGAAAGAGGUUGAUUGGAAAUUCACUAAUUUGGAGGUGAUUUUUCCUUCUUUUUCUUAAUUUCUCUCCUUGGAGACUUUUCGUGACUUUUCUUAAUUUUUUUCGCUUUAUAAUGAACACCUUAACAUAUUGUCAAUUUUGCCUUCUAGGAUGCCUUUGAAGACGGGGGCCAACUUCAUGGGAAAAAGGUGUACCUGUUUGGCUGUACAGAACGUAAGAAGCGAUUAAAAAUAGAUUUUUCACCCGAAAAAUAUAUAUUUGUGUUUAUUUAGUCGGGGUUUUGUUCAUUGAAGUUUGUGUUACGGAAAUUCUUGUGACUAUCUCAGGGCUUUAUUAUAUUUUACGUUAUGAAGCAUCAUGUGUAAUUGCAUAAGUAGGAAUGGGCAAAACACUUCUGAUUCACUGACGUUUUUCUAGACUGUUCUUUGUAGCGCAAUUAUUGGUAAUAAAUAACGAGCAGAAGGUUGCUUGCAUCCCUGUUGUUGUGGCGGUAAGUGAAGGCUUUACUCUUCCAUCAUAAUUAAUAACGAAAGAGUUUAAGUACAUAAGUGCAUUCCCCCAGUGUCCUAUAUUUUGUUCGUAAGUGUCACAUACGUCUUAUUGAUGCAUGUAAAUCAUUGAAAAAGCCUGCUCAUGUUGAUGCACCUGCGCAUUUAUUCUAAUUUUUGAGGAGUGUAGUGUAGUGAUGGGAUCAGAUAAUUUUGAGAUUCCCAAAAAACUUGGGGUUUAGUGGAUGAAAAUAGUUAUCUACAUGGUGCAUAAAUUAUAUUGCCAAAUGCUUUUCUGCCUGCUCGCUUGCUGAUUGGUCUGAUUUUUUUAAUUGUAAUUGUCACUCUCCGUCAUCCAGUAUGUCAAUAUUUUCUUGUCAUAUGUAUUGAAUAAUCAAUUCUUUUUCUUGUUUGGUUUGGCUUCCGUUUCCAACAUCAUUCAUAUUUGUAUUUUUUUACCUAUGACGAAUAUGCAUUUAUAAUUUUCGCAUGAAUUUGCACGAAUUUGCAAAUUAUGGGAAAAGAGGGGAGGGAUGGCUUUCGUAUGGUACUGGGGGAUAUUCUUAAUUGUUGCCCGAUAAGCAUCAUAAUCGUAGCCGUCUCUUAACAAAAUAUAUCCAUUUAGGAGGAUCAGAAUAACUACCAUAGAAAUUAAUUGAUAUUAAUUUUGAAUAAAUACGCCAGUUUGUGUCCUUCAUCACCGUCCUAUUUUUACUGAUUUUUUGAUCAGGUAGUAUCUCCGUUUCCCCCUUCUGAUAAAGUUGGUAUCAAGUCAAUUCAGAGGGUAGAAGAAGAAAUAAUACCAAUGAAGGCAAUGAAGUUGGCUUGGGUGCCAUAUAUUCCCUUGGAAAAUAGGUGAUCCCUCUUAUUUUAAACUACUCUUUUAAAAAUUUAUUUUGUAUUUAGUCAUAGUGAUUUCGAUUAAUCUUGCUAAGGUUAUUCUUCUAAAGCUUUAUUCGUCUAUAGGGAGAGUCAAGUAGAAAGACUGAAGACGCAGAUUUUUACCAUGGGCUGUACUCAGAGAAGGUACUGAGAUAUUUAUUUCAUUUCUGUGUCUGUGAGCUAUGCUUAUAAAUGGAUUACUUUUUUCCUUAUCGAUCUUCUGUAGUCUGUAUGGUUGCAUCAUCCAUAUGUGGGAUGGUUGAUGUUGACUGUGUGCUGAUUUUGUUGCUUCUGAUUUUAUUUUUAUUUUUUAUGUAUUGAAUAAUUUGUGAAAUAAACCUGGAUAAUUCAUGGUAUGACUAAUGAGAUUGAAAGUUAUACUGUGGAUCAAGGUUAUCAAUUAUUGCCAAUCAUAUCGAAUGAAAUCCUUUCUCAAUUUGCUUUUGUUUGUCCUUAGCAAUUGGAUUUUGAAAUGAGGGCCAGAUGCCAACGUACCAAUCCUCGGCCUUUCUUUUGAAAAAGUUAAUGUAUGAAGAUAUUUACCUACGGAGACAGACUCCAUAUGGAGAAAAAUCAUUUCUCUGUACUCUAUAAGUAGCUAUAUGCAGUAAAAUGCUUUUUAGCAUCUGUUUUUUUUCCUAGAGUCAUCUCAUAUGUCAAAGUUUGUAUCCCUACUAUAGGAAAGUAACAUCAAAAUUAGGUACACUAUUUGGGAAACUUAUUGACUUGCUAUCUUAUCAGGGCUUCUGUGAGGUGAAGAAUUUAAGUCUCCAGAACUGAAAUGUUUUGGGAGAGAAAACUUGGUUUACUUUGUGGUCUGACAUGAAAUCUGAAGCAUUACAACGUGAAAAUUCGUUGAAGUAGAAAAUCUAUACAAUACAUUGAUAUGGUUAAUGUGGGCCGAUUCGGGGUAUUGCAGGCAAGGAAUCUGUUUUUCCGAAACAGAAUGUACAUUAAUUGGAGUUAUAUUCUUGUUCUUAUUUUUGUGAUUCUCAAUGCCUGCAUCACGUUGCUUGCUGGUUCAUGGGUAGUAUGUUCUGGAUAGGAUGUGUUGCACAUAAUAGUAACCUAUGAUGGUGCAGUGGACAACAGUACAGCGGUGUUGCUUGUCCAUGGCAUGCGUGGAAUGAAUAUCUAUGAAGAGCAUGUAGUAAGAAAGGGAUGGCUAUCAUAUACUUGACUGCACAUCCCUGUUCUUGCAAUAGUGUACAUUUUCAAACGUAGAAUUCGGUUAAUGUUAAAAUAAAUCUUCCAAAUGGAGUACGUCUUGUUGAAGGAGUUUUUUAACUUCAUAUGUCACAAGUGUUUAGUACUUGAUGUUUCUAUUAAUAGAGUAUUUUCUCUUAGUUGCUGUUACGGGCCAAAUGUGCCUAUGGAUGAAAAAAGGACUGCAUAUUACCUUUUUCAUCACUAUGCUCUGAAACUUGAGUGUGCUUUUCAGUGACAGAACAGAGUGGAAAUGAUCGACGAGUACUUGUGAUAAUUCCAAAUAGAAAGACGAAUGGUAUUUUAAUACAGCAGACAACAUCGUGAGGAGUGAAUUUUUUUCUCCCUAAUUGAUGAAAAAGGACCCGAAUUUUGUCUUCUUGUCAAAGUUAUGCAUAUACAUCAAUUAGCUUUUACGUACUAAAUGUAGAUUAUUCUGACGAAGCAGAAACUCUUUUUGUAUAAUUUUUUGAACUCAUAUGAAUACUGUUAUGCCGAAUGAAGGUAAGCACCUACUAGUGCAUUAUUAUGUUUGGAAGGUAAUUGUCUAAUACUAGGUCGCAAAUGAGUGCAUUUAUGUUUAUGUCGCUGGAAAUGAUGUCAUAUUCAUGCGCUUGCAGAUGGCACCCUCUAUAAUCAGAUGGGCGACUGGUUUUCAGUUUCAGUUCUCCUUGAAUAAAAUGGGCGGCUCUCAUUUGAUAAGAUUCUCCAUUAUAUGUAUAUAUAAAAGUUUUGCUAUGUUUGAACUAAAGACCGUAAUGGCUUAAUCAAAAUAAGUUAUUAAAGACCGAAUGAUAAUAAUUAUUGAAUGGUCGGGAAAUCUUAAUAAUCCAUUUGGCGUUUGUGAUGGGACGCUAUCUCUGUAUCAUUGUAGCCGUUUAUCAUUCUCUCUACAUGUCACAAGUUUUACAACUAUUCCUUCACUUCUUUUACCACUCUAUCACCAUCUCUGUUGUUGUCCCAACUAUACUUCAAAAGACUUGUUGACGUAUAUGUUGCCAGCUUAUUACUAUUUGCUCUGAAGUAUCGCAACAUCUGAAUCAGUUUUAGUUUUUGAUGAAACGUCUUUUUAUGUUUUUCCUGUCCUUUUUUUCUUUUAACCGAGUCCGCCCAAUUUUCAAGCUUGUUGGUCAUCGCUGUUUGCAGUUUAGGUUUCAUUUUCAUUGUCUUAUGCUGCUUGUUUAUGAAAUUUUACUUAAGUAUCUUGUCACCUCAGUUGCAUCAUCUUUCUUCAGGUCUGCUCUGAAACACCUUAAGGAGGAACGCAUUAAGCAAUAUGAAUAUUGCCUGCCACGUGAGUUUACUUUUCAUGCUAGUAUCCGUGAACUUGGCAUAUCUUUUGCGAUUUUAGUAUUUUUUUAUCUUGAUACUUAUGUUGGCAGUUUGUUUCAUUUCCUCAUUGUAUCCCCGAAGACAAACUGAGAAAAUAUUUUCAGAUUUUCUCUGAAAUUUCGGCCUAAUUAGCACAUCAUAAAAUGUGAAUAUCCUCUCUCUCCAGUUUGUUUAAUUGCUAUUCAGUAAAUUGUGCUUCGUUUGGGUAGUAAGACUAAUUAUUUUUAAUGGACCUUUCAGUUUGUUUUAUUUUAGAGGUGGGAUAAUUUUACGAAGGAAGUUGAUUAGCAUAGUACCUAUUAAGAAAAACCAAUAACAUUAUUACACCGUAAAAGAAGAAAGGUAUAUACGCUUGCAUAAUUCUCAAAAUUAGAUUUUUCUAGAACAACUGCUGAAAUAUCGAUUGGCAAGGGAGAAUUAUUGUCUGCACAUUUUCAAAUAAUGGAGAUUCAACAGGAAGCCACGUUCUGAAAUUUCAGUCUAAAAAGGUUAUAUCCCGGAGAAGGGCAAACUUUUGCGAGAAACAUGAUCUUUUUGUAGUGCUUUAUCUUGGACUUGGUUCCCUCUAAAUGUCUGCUGGUUGUUGUGGCUUUGUUGUGUUAGACCCACUGCCAAUAUGCAUUGCAUUCAGGAAGUAAACCUCUGUUCUUCAUGGCCACAUGUGCGGUCUUAAUGUUCUUGUGACCUAGUGAGCGGAUGGCGAAUGGGAGAUUAAUGAAUUAUAAGCGUUCGCAUCAACUUCCCACUCUAGGUGGGAUGAAAUCGUGAUAUAAAUGAGGAACUGAAGUAAGGAUUGUUCUUCUGAAUCUUCAAGUACAGUCAGAACAUCCUUCAAGGAAUGAAAGGGCCUAAUGAUUCCUGUUCAAGAAAGCAUGAACUGAAUCAUGCCCAAUACCUGACAAAAGUUGGUGUCUUAAACCAGAAUUGAAGUGGAAAGUUGGUAAAAAAUAAAUAAAUAUGCGACCUUGAGAAUUAGAUCUAACAUUGGUAAUGAAGAAAAAAUAAUGGCCGGUAGGGGGAGAUAUAAUAGAUAUUUAACGCUUUAGCUAGAAUCUUUCUCGUCAGUUUUGUAAAAUCGGAUAACGAUGAGUUUGAGGGCGGUGGUGGAGGUGAUGUCAUCCUGGAAGCUUUAUGGGAGCUGGAAAAUGAUUAUAUAUCACUAGAAAAAGUCAUUUUGCAUUUCAGUAAAGCGAUUAUUUUGGUCGUGAAUUUGAACCAAAUAGAUGGCUUCUGUAAACAACCAGUGAGUUCCAAACCUUUUUUUCUCGGUUACAUAGAAUCUGAUAGUGUUUUUUUUUUUUAAUAGCUUCAUUGUUAUGUCCCCAGCCUCAUUGGUGAUUCAUUUGGUUGUGUAAAUAAUGAUGUAAUAAUUUCCUCCUAUGGGGCUAAUAUUGUUAAAAUCCAAUUUUUGCAGCCUUUACUCAUGUUUAUCUUGUCAUUUGACUUUUUAUUAUUCUUUCAUAACAGAUUUCUACAACCCUUUGAAGGCUGACGAAGAUGAAGAAGAUACAGUUGUUCAAAUCAUGUACCCUUUUGAACCCCCGGUAGGCUUGUUUCCUUGCAAAUUGUUUUAUUUUAAUAUAUCAUAUACGGUAAUCACGGUUUUUAAGAGCUAGAAGAUGUAGUAAUGCAGAGGGCAUUCAGCUCCAUAUAUUUAUAGAGAGUUCAUAUCAUUUUUUUUACAUCACCUUUUUUAAAAAAAAAUAAAAAAGAAUGAAUAAUAAUUAUGUCUUAUUUUCUUGAUUACGUUCAUGCAGAUUGUUCGUGAUUUUGACUAUGAGCUGGAUGAGCUCGAGGUACAGAUUCUCAUUGUGGUUGAAUCAUGCUUCGAAAUAAAUUCCAAGAGAUCUUCAUUAUUGCUCCACGAAUUAUCUGCAUGACCCAAAUGCGUACGUCCCUCUCUCUAUCUCUAGGAGUUCGUCGACGGGCUCGUCACUGAAGAGGUGUUGCCUGAAGACCAGAAGGAUCUCUUCAAGGUACCUCCCCCCCCCCUCUCUCUCUCUCUCUCUCUCUCUCUCUCUCUCUCUCGGGGUACCUGUCAGUGAUUUGGACUAAAUCACGGAGGCUUUGCUUCUGUUUCAGCAAUUCGUGAAGGAACAGGUUAGAGAGAGAAAGAAAUCCCAACGGCAGGUAUCACAUCAUUGGAUUCUCUAUUAUUUGAAGAACAUGAUGAAGAACAGGCGUUUCUCUUCUUCUUGAUCGAAACCCUGGCUUUGACUCGGGAGAUUUUCUGUUCUUGGCUGCAUCUGUGAAGGCGAGGGAGGCUCGGCGAAAGGCUAUCGAAGAGAUGGACGAACAGAAGAAAGCUGCGUUCGAAGGCAUGAAGUUUUACAAGUUUUACCCUGUACAGACCCCAACUACUCCGGACAUCAGCCAAGUGAAGGUGAAAGCCCUCCCUCCCUCCCUCUUCGGUUUCAUCUAGACGCUUCUUGACGACUAUUUUCUCUAUGGUUUUGUCGUGCAGUCGCCAUUCAUUAAUAGGUACUAUGGAAGGGCUCACGUGGUGCUGUGA